CCUGAGGUUGGCAAUUCGUUAAACCUUAAUCCAAAUAUUCCUGGUGAAUGAAAAUCGUGCUUUUCAAAUUUCAUGAAUUUACGUCCAGUCAUGCUCUCUCAAGUAAUAUGCGGUCACGGCGUGAAACUCGUCGAGUGAGAAUGUCGAUUUCUAGAAGAGUGCAGAUUGCUAGCAGGUAUAAAUAAUGAAUGCUGAAAGUAUUAUGACGCCGGCCUCAAUAGAACCACGGCGGCAAGAGCUAAGGCUUUUCUUAUAAUAGUCUGGAGAUCGGCGCGCGGCGCUUCCAUCUGCUGGCAACGCGGUCAACUGUGAUCGAAUGCCCCAGCAAUUAAACUGGUACCUACAGCUUUUAUUAACGUAAGAACGGAGUCAUGCGUUAAUCGCCGCUAAUUCCUAUCCGCACCAAUCACUGGCGAGGAUCAACGAGAACCAGCCGCGUCCGCUCGGUUUGUAAAACCGGCGCGGUCAUCCCGGGGCGAAUAAGCUCGGAGUCAGGUUGCUAAGGAGAGAUUUUUGGAAAUCGGCAACCAUAACGAGCGUCGACGGGGUAAACGGGGCCAACGGGGCUUUGAAUAGUGGUGCGACGUUCAGCUACGCGGGUCGCCAGGCCGGCUCGGGGGGGCCGGGCCCGGGUGGAGUGAUGAGCUGCCCCGAGGUCAUGUACCAGGCCUACUAUCCGUACCUGUAUCAGCGGGCCCCGCCGCCCCCGCACCCGAGCCACCCCCAUGCCGUAACCCACCCCCAUGCCCAGGGCCACGCCGGCCCCCAUACCGCCCACGCCGCGCACGCCGCACAUCCGGCUCAUCACAGUCCUGCGAGACCCGCGCCCUUUCAACCCUUUUCCACGGCCUCUGCCACCCACCAGUACGACAGGCUAAACGUCCACCAAAGAUCGCUGGAAGCAGCGGGCCUCGAGCUUUGUGGCGGCGGAGGAAGUGUGCCACAGGGUCAACCCAGUAGCGCUGGUUCCGUCGGGUCCGCACCCAGCCCGGCAUCCCCUAGACCUACGCCUCAGCCGCGACCCCCCCUGGCAACGACCACCUCGCAGGGAUCCCGGGCCCUCGACGACGAAAGAUCAACUGACGCCGUAGGUGGCGGUGGUACGGAGGAUUCGGACGACGGAGAAAGCAGGGCGCAAUACCUGAACGCAAACUGCGUGGUAUUCACCCAUUACCGAGGAGACGCAGCCUCGGAGGUCGACGAGCACUUCCAGAGAGCUUUGACCCACGACAAGUUGAAAGAAAAUACGUCUCCGAUGUCAGCGAGAAAUUUUCCACCGUCGUUUUGGAACAGCCAACAUCCCGGGGACGUUUACGACUAUCCCGCGGAUCCGUGGCAUCCUCAUUAUCCGCAAUAUCACCACAGAGCCGUCCACGAGUACCAUCACCACAAUAUGGCGGCGGCGGCGGGGUACGGCGGCCUCUUACUCGGCGGGGCCCGGGGGCUGGGGCAUCACACGUCACACCACGCAGCAGCCGCCGCCGCUCACCACGCGCACGCCGCCGCCUCCUACAAAGACUGGACGUCCGCCACGCCGCCGCAGUCCCUGGUGGACCCGGCGGCUGCGCCACCCUAUCCCCACGGCCCUUACGCGCCCCUUCCUGGUCUGGAGUCGCAGGUGCAGGACUCGAAGGAUCUCUACUGGUUUUAGGAUACCGCGUGAAAAACGGCCGAGUUUACUUGCUCGAAUGAAAUUUGUGUCUUAUGUGUAUACAUCGUGCCAUGUAUACGAAUGACGAAUUUCUUUUGGGGCUUGAUCGCGGAGAAGCCGCUACCGGAGGACGGGAGACGUGAUGGACAAUUUGUAGAACGAAAUUUACUAAAUUUCUUAUCGAAUAACAGAAAAAAUACAAAAUAUAUCAAAACUAAAGAGAGAAAAAGAACAGAUAGAAAAUAACAUAACUAGUGAAAUAUAAAUGACGCCGUUCUUGAGUGUUCGUUUAAUAUUAAGGGCCUUGGGGCAACAUGACCUAUCGAAAGGACUCUGUUAUUAUACUGUUGAAUAAUAAGUAAUAAUCAUAAUGAUAACAAUAACAAUAUUAGUUAUUAAAAUAGCGUUGAAGUGUACAUAGUGUUACCUAAAUCUUGUAAGGAUCUACUAUCAAUUAUAUAUAUAUAAUUAUUCAUAUAUAUAUAUAAAUUAUAGUCUCUGCGCGCACUAUUUACCUUAUAGUGACGACAGUGGCUGACGCUGAAAGAAAACUCUAGUUCAUAUAGCAAGUAGGAUAUAGAUUUAAAAAAUGUCCAAAUUUACCAACUAAUUACAACGUUAUUGAAAUACAAAUAACUUCUAUAUAUAUAUAUCACGUUUACAAAGAAACGGAGUAAAAAGUCGACAUUGUUUAAAGAUAAAAAUCAUUUUUCGUUGAAAUUCACACUUUCCGUACUGCGUGCAACUGUUCCCUUCGUCAUCGGGGAAACUGAUGCCUAACGUUCGAAUUUAAAGAUACGAUGAAUGCAGAACAGCUGUUGAAAAGAGUUGUACAUCCUCACAAUCGACUGCAGUAAUUGUUUGGUAAAUUCAGUCAGAAUAUAAGGAAAGUAUUUAUUGACCAAUGAUCUUGCCAUAAUAUUGAUAUAAUUGUUAUUUUAUAUCGUAUGUAGUAAGGUUACGAUCAGGCGGUGAAUAAUAUCUGCCGUUGUAGGAGAAAGAGUAAAAGAAAAAAGAAGAAAAAAAAAAAACGAUCAAAAAAUGACUAAUCGAUUGUAACGAAGCGGAAAAAAAUAUCAAUCGAUCAUUCGGAUUUUAUUUUCCAGUACGUUCGUGGAUCGCUCGCCAUCUCCCGAUUGCCUUUGCAUAUUCACCACGAAUUAACACGCAUUCCCACGCAUCACAUGCUUAGUGUCUUACGCAGUCAUUAGCCUGUCAUAUAACAACCUACAUACUUGUAGAUAGACCUCUACCUAUGCAUAUACGUACUUUAUACCCGCCUCCCCCGCCUGCCUGCAGUCGGAUUAAUCACCACUACUAUCACUUUCUCAUUGUAGGUGUGAAUAAAUCUUUCGUUAUCACAUA